GAACCCAAGUACGCCGUCGUCGCUCCACGGCUCCACCUAAACCCAACCAGGCCCAAGCUGAGGCAGGGCAGGGUUUUGCUCCCGAGUCCCCCACCCAUGGCGGCCGCUCGAGCUCUCCUCGCCCGCCUCCUCCGCCCCAAGAUCCCGCCUCUUUCCUCAUCCCACUGCUUUCUCCGGAGAGGAGGCCCUGUGCCGCUGCCGCCGCCCCCCGUCGGGGAGUGGCGGCGCGCGUUCCACGACGGGCGACCGCGCGGGCCGCUAUGGCGGAGCAAGAAGCUGAUCGGGAAGGAGGCCCUGUUCGCGAUCCAGGGGCUGAAGCGGUUCAAGGGGGACGAGGAGAAGCUGAAGGAGUUCGUCAAGCGGCACGUGGCGCGGCUGCUCAAGGCUGACAAGCUCGCCGUGCUCGGCGAGCUGGAGCGCCAGGAGGAGGUCGACCUGUCCGUCAAGAUGUUUAGGAUCGUUCAAAAGGAGGAUUGGUAUAAACCUGACGUUUACAUGUACAAGGAUUUGAUUAUUGCUCUAGCCAAGUGUAAGAAGAUGGAGGAAGCAAUGGAAAUAUGGGGGAACAUGAGAGAUGAGAAACUGUUUCCCGACUCACAGACUUAUGCUGAAGUCAUUAGAGGAUUCCUGAGAUAUGGUUCGCCAUCAGAUGCAAUGAAUAUUUAUGAGGACAUGAAAAGGUCACCUGAUCCACCGGAAGAAUUGCCUUUCAGGGUAUUAUUGAAGGGUCUUUUACCUCACCCGCUAUUAAGGAACAGAGUGAAGCAAGAUUUCGAAGAACUGUUCCCAGAGAGGCAUAUCUAUGAUCCCCCAGAAGAAAUAUUUGGAAUGCACUAGGGUUGAAGUUUCUUUCCGAAGUUCUAUGGCCGCAUGAACCUGGUGAGCUUAAGAUUUGAUCAGAUUAGCCGGUUGUUCCACAGAUUAUUUCUUACUUCUAUCACAAGAAUCCAGAAUCUGAUAGUUGGACUUUGGAGUGAGGUUAUGGAUGGUCCUGCUGCAUGGAGAGUUGGAGACACAAGAAGAUGUUCUGUUGGCCGGAUGAGUUUGUUACUAUGGUUACACAAAUUAUAUUGUUCAGGCUAUCUCUUACAAUACCAUUCCAUUUAUUCUCCUUGAAACUGCCAUCCCUGUAAUCCAGGAUCUUGUGAGAAGCUGAGAAGUAACAUUCAACAAUGCCGUUCUGUUGGGUCCACUUAUAUGAUUAGGUUGUUAGAAUAGGACACUGCCCAAUGUUCAUGUUGUUCCUUCCCUAACCACUUCGGAAACCUACUUUUGAUGAACAUGAAGGCAUCUUGUUUCCUGGUCACGAAAUUCUGAUUGUGGUAAAGUGAGCUCUGAA